AUGGAAACUAAGAGACUGAUUGGUAAGCCCCUCCAGCCAGCAAGACCCGUGCGCCACCUCUCGCCUCAUGCAUCCUUUUCCACAGUAUCAACAGCCUCAGUUAGCUUUCAGGCUAAGUUUCCAUGCAGGGCUCCUGUCUUUUUGCAUAAUGAAAUUGGUUCAAUGUGUAAAUCUAAUGGAAUGCUGGUCUUAAAUGAAAAUGUGAUUUCUAGUCUGUCAGAGCAGCAAAAACAUGAAGUCACAAAAGAAAGAAUAACUUAUAGCAGAGAUUUCCUUCUGAAACUUUCAGGGGUUUCACUUGCCCAAAAGAAGCCAGAAUUUCUUCCUGAUCACCCUGUUGUACUGGAAAAUCCAAAAAAUUAUUAUUUAUUACCUGCUACAAGCAGUGAUAGAGCUUUCUGA